GUCACCAAAGGUCAACGUUCUCUCGGACUUGCCAGGCUUGCACAACAACCAGAACUGUCACUCGGAAUGAAAGGACCACGUCGCGAUUUUGACAAAUCAUUACCUUAAAAGGUAAAAUCAAAGCGCGUCGUCCUACAAGAGAAGUCGAGUAAUACCUAUUUUACCAGUAGGUAAAGUUUAACGCUUGGAGGAUCUUAGUUUAGGUAGGUAACUAGGAGAGAUAAACAAAAUGUCACUCAGGCUAGCUAAGUUUGUGUCGUCCCCAGUCUACUCUGUAUCUGGACAACCUAGCCUCGGUCUGCUCUCCUCUCGAUGGAAGUCUACUGUAUCCGGACAGGUGGCACACGAUGAAGGACAGGAAGGGGCCACAGCCAAGCCUUUCGAGGCUAUCCCGGGCCCCAAAGGGCUACCCUUGGUGGGGACAGCUCUACAUGCUGCGAUGGGUGGCUGGAUGGACAAGUUUCAUCUUCAUAUGCAGAAUCGUUGGCGGCAGUAUGGUUCCAUCUACAAGGAGAAUAUCGGGCCUCAGGAGAUAGUUUGUAUGUUCGAUCCUGAGGACGUUGCACCAGUGCUGCGAGCGGAGGGCCGCUACCCGCGAAGAUACGCCUUCGACAGCUUUUAUCUGGCCAGGGAAAUCAUGGGCCACAAGUUGGGUGUCUUCCUCGAGAAUGAUGAAAAAUGGCAGCAGUACAGGACUGUGAUGAACAAGAAGCUGCUCCGACCCCAGCAGGCGGCAGCCUUCACCCCCCUGAUGGACGAAGCCGCCUCUAACUUCAUGUCAUACCUACGGAGGAAGAGAGACCAGGGGGGGAUGGUGACGGACUUACAGGCACAUCUUUUCCGCUGGGCCAUGGAAUCGGGCUGCACGGCCAUGUUUAAUCAGCAUCUCGGACUCCUGAGUGAAGAUCCUCCACAGCUAGCGAAGGACUUCAUCUCUUCCACGAUGGCCGUUCUUGACACAACCAACACCAUGAUGACCAUUCCUCCAAAAGUUCACAAAGCCCUAAACACCAAGGCUUGGAAAGAGCAUCUCGAAGGGUGGCAAACCAGCUUCAGAGUCACCAAGCAACUGAUUGAGGAGAUAAUGGAAAGAGGCCUGGAGAAGGAGAGUGAAGAAGAUGAAGAAAUCCCAGACCUGGUCUCCUACCUGCUGUCAGUGAAGCUCCGCCCUGAAGAGGUGCUGGCAAACAUUGUUGAUGUGUUAGGGGGCGCUGUUGAUACAACAUCCAACACCAUGGCUUUCACCAUGCACACCUUGGCAAGGCACCCUGACAUCCAGGAGAAACUGCAUGAUGAGGUGAUGAGGGUUGCGCCUGAUCAUCAGGCACCCGUCACACAGGAGCAGGUGCACAAGAUGCCUUACCUCAGGGGUGUCAUCAAGGAGGUUCUACGAUUGUACCCAGUGGCCUAUGUCUUCAGUAGAGUCCUGAACCAUGACGCUGUGGUGCAUGGGUAUAAAAUUCCCGCUGGAACAAAUCUAGUGGUUUGUCCAUAUGUGAUGGGAAGGGAUCCAAACAGCUAUGACGACCCAGAAGAGUUUCGCCCUGAGAGAUGGUACCGAGAGAACAGCAAGAGUGUCAAAGCCUUCUCCUGGCUUCCCUUCGGCUUUGGGGCACGAGGCUGUGUUGGCCGCCGUAUUGCAGAGACAGAGAUGCACCUGGUUCUCAUAAGGAUUUGCCAGAACUUUCUGCUGGAGCAGGAGAAGGAUGAAGAACUUGUUGGGAGGAUCAGACUGGUCCUGAUCCCUGACAAAUCAGUGGACCUCAAACUCAUUGAUCGCAACUAAUGUUAGGUACAUUACAUACUGCUAGAAUACAUUAGGAAGUCUUGAACACAUUUAUAUCACUGUUUGUUUGAUUCAGGCCAUGUUUAUUCAAUUAAAUGGAUGACAUCUGUGUGCACAUCAAAUUUUGGCCGGUCGCCGGUACCAAAAAAAGUUUUUAAUCAUAGUGUAAAUUGCACAAGGCUGCAAAAAAGUAAAUGUAUGUAUACUAUUAUAAUAAUAUCAUUAGAAAUACCAGAAAACAUUUUGAAAUUCGUAAUAAAUGAUAGAAUAAAAUGUAUUUUUUUCAAUGAG